UCUACUCUUUUGAUCAGCUAGAGAAAAUAUAUAUCUUGGCUCAUAUGUAAAUAAUGAAAGUUAAUCCAAUCUCCACACCACACACCACACUUUCUAAUAAUCUAGGUUUGUCCUUCUUUUUUUUUUCCUAGUAAUUUAUUCAACUCGUGUGACUUUAUGCCUAAUUCUCCAUUUUUAAAAAUAAAUUUCAUAAUAUUUAGCAUAUUUUUUUAAUCUUGAUAUUCUGGUGAGAGAAAGAUGGGUCUUCAUAAUCUAAAUUGAGACACUAGUUUGUUGUUCAACACCUCCCUACCCUCGUGUUUCGAGCUUCGUUACUUCGUUCUUUCAUUUUUAUGUAUAAAAGUUUCGAGAAAAAGCCGCAAAUUCAGCCAAGUUUUUUCCGGGAAAGUCCGGUAACACUUAAGGGCAUUCUUUUGUUUGUUUCGUGGAAAACAGCUAAAAAGUUGUAAAGAUGGCUUCUCUUAUUAAUUGAUCCUCCAGCUGCAUUUUCAGAUUUUUCUCAAGUAUCGGAUCAGAUUCUUAAAGUUUCCUUACCACUUCUCUAUUAAAGUGUGUGAACUGUUAAAUGGAGAGAAACUGUCGAAGAAAUCUUAAAAGAGAAGGCAUAAAUGGAAUAGGGUGUAUGUGGGUGUUCAUCAGUCUCUUUGGAUCUAAUCAGAAACGUCUCUUGAUGGAUUUGAAACGUGGAAGCAAAAGAGUUUCAGGGAAUGAGAUGAAGCAGCUUACUUGUUCUUGUGAGAGCUCCUCUCAUGAGAGUAGUGUUGACAAACUCAUUGAUGAUGAGGAGGAUAUCGAUGUUUCGAUUGCUGGUGACGAACAUGUGGAGACGACUGAGGUUUGUAAGAGUUUAGGUGAUGAAUCUGAAGAGAAAUUUAAAGAGAUAAUCAAACGGUUGAUAGCUCAGAAAGAAGGAGAGAUCCAAACUUGUAAGGACUUGUUGGAGGCUUUUCAUGUUUUGGGUUCUGAAGAAGAAUCAUUCAUGAAGAAGAUUUCACAUGAAGAUGCUCAAACCUUGGGAGAAGAUUCUAAGAGAGUAGUGGAAGUAAAGCCUGAAGUAGUAUCCAAGGAAGAGGCGGUGGUAAAACCGAAGAGGAAACCUAGUUUUUUUAGCAGGAAAUGGAAAUCAGAAGAAAGGAGAAACAGAUCUCAAGUUGCAAAAACGAUUGUGGUUUUGAAACCUGGUCCAAGUAGUUUGAAUCUUGAUUCAUCAUCUGAACCUCAUUCUAAUGGUAACAAGUCCAAAACCGGGAGAAGUUUUUCUCGCUUUCUUAUCGGUUUAGUCAAAAGAAGACUACAAUCUGCUGUUGGAAAGAAGUCAUGUGAUGAUCAUGUUGAUAGGGAUCAAAACUGCUGUAUGCAAGAAGAGAUACAGAGUAAACCAGACAAGCAUAUAUCGGACGAAGAAAAACAGUUAUGUAAGGAAAGAAAGAGUGAGGUGGCUGAUGAAGAGGAUACUGUCCACACAAGCGAAGACUCAGAGAAGAUUAUGUCUGGCUUGUAUAUUGCAGCCAAGAAACACUUGGCUGAAAUGCUUGCAAAUGGAGAUAUUGAUGUGAAUUUACCUGAUAAGGAAGUGCCAAGAAUUUUGGGAAAGAUUCUUUCUCUCCCUGAGUUCUGUUCACCAGCAGACAGUCCUAAACUGAUCCCGGAACAUGAUUUGGUUAGCAAUCUUAGCCCUCUAAGCCAGACAAUUGACAAACCAGAUACUCUGGAAUGCAUUCCAGAUACAAAUGAUCUAACUGAUGAAGAUUUAGAUAAAGAGGACGAUGCAUUGUUUACCAUUGAUGUCUCAGUUCCUAAUGACUCUGGGAAGGAAACUGAGUAUAUUGACAAGGAAGAGAAGCCUGAGAUAGAUCCAUUAUCUGAAACAUGUAGCUCUUCCAUUUCCCAGCAAGUCGAAAACGUUGAUGAAGAUGCGCUCGAGUUUCGUGAAGAACAUGUCAAAAAGGAAAUGUUCAACCAAGAGCAUUUACCGUCUUCUCCUCCAGCAUCUCCACCAAGUUCUUCAGUAAGGUUGACUGAAUGCAAAGAAACCGCCACUGAUGUGCAAGGAAAGUUAAGUCCAGUGUCUGUGCUUGAGCCUCUGUUCACAGAUGAUGACAGUAGCCCAACAACAAGCACAAGUUUCAGUUCAGCUGGAAUGCGGAUGCAACCACUCUGUAUAAGAUUCGACGAAGCUGAUUUUCCAAAACCAGAGAAAGACAACACUUUCAAAAUCAGCAUGGAUGACAAGGAGUUGACACUUGCAUACAUUGAAGCCGUUGUGAAAUCCGCAGGCUUGAGCUGGGAUGAGCUUUUAACGAGGCCCUUUUACUCAGAACAGAUUCUUGAGCCAGAAUUAACAGAUGACGUAGUUUUCUGCCCUACACAACUCUGUGACGAUAAGAAUCUCCUUUACGACUGUAUUGAUGAAGUUCUUAUGGACUUCUGUUGGAAUGAAUUCAAUCCCGGGCCUUGGAUUUCAUUCUUGAAACCUGAGGUCCACCUAAUCUCAGACAUGGAAAUCGCAGCUAAAGUGGCACAAGAAGGAGUUUACUGGCAUCUCCUACCUUUGCCUUCUCCUCACACGUUAGAUCAGAUAGUGAAAAAAGACAUGGCUAGACCUGGAAGCUGGAUGGAUCUCCGGUUUGAGAUCGGUUGUCUUGGUUCUUAUACAAGUGAAAUGAUCCUUGAUGAGUUAGUAGAAGAGAUCAUCAUGAGCUGCAGAGACAUGGCUCAAGUUGAACCAAUGCAGGAACCCAACAGCGACAACCUGUGAUGAGGCUCUUUUUUUUUAACCUUUUAUCUAUCCUGUACAGUUUCAUUGCCACCGCCAUGGUCAAAGCUCCCUAGUUGACCUUCUUGUGCAGCGGCACAACCACAGCUUUUUUUAACAUAAACACAGACUUUCUUUCACUUCCAUACUCUGUUUUUUAUUCCAGUGGCUUCUGUAGUUUACUCAGCCAAGAGAUUUUUGUAUGAGUAUGAACUAUAGAGUGUAAUAACACGAGGCUUGGAGUUACAUAAGACAAAGAUGAUGUUUU